CGACAACAGCCCUUCACGGCCUGACCCUUGAACCGUCUCUAGAUCUGUCCCGCCUUGCGACAGGAAGAAAAUCAAAACAACCAGUUGCUCCGCCCUUACGAAAACCAUCCGUUUGGCAAGUUACAUCGAUUCUUCCAGGAGUAGCCUGGCCAACCAGCGGUCUACAUGCCUAGGUUUUCGGUUGCGUUCGGCAGGCGGAGGUCGACCGCCGACAAUCUAGAAAAUGCCGCGGUAACAGGUCCGUCUUUCCGCGUUCUAGAGCGCACCGACGUGGUUGGAGCCAAGCCUUUCGACGGCGGCGUGAAACUUACGACGACGACCCAUGCACUGCACAAGCCGACCAGGUCCGAUGUGACUGUCGAUGACAAUAUAUUCGCCGACCUCAAGCCAAACCGCGGGAGCGGCUCCUCGAACACGACCAAUACGAAUUUGACGGAUAAUUCGUCGGGUCAUAGUAAUGCCUCGACCACCCCCUCAACCGCCGACACUGGGGGCUCCGAUGAAUGGCGCGGCGCGCAGAGGAAGCUGCCAAAUGACAUUCCAGUGCCUCCAAUUCCAAGACCCUCCUCCGGGUUCCUAAAGGCUGCCGGGCGUACGUUUUCUUUUGGUGGGCAAAAAAAGCACAUGCCCCCGCCGCCCACGAUAGAGGAGUCGCCGCCACCGAGCCCUAUUGCCACGGGGAUGAGAACACCUGCGAAUGGACGGGCAAGAGCGCCCACUGCCUCGACCUCCACCACAGUGACACCUCCUAAGGUUGACGGUGACUUUGAUUUGGACCUGGGCGGGGAUUUUAGCAGGAUGUUACUAGGGAAUGACAAGCGAGCCAGUGUCGCCACCGUAAGAAACGACCAGUACUCGGGACAGAUGCCCGCUCCUCGAUCCCUCACAGCGGCCCGACCGAUUCAACCGACGCCGAUUCAGAUCGACAACACGACCAAAGUCGAUCCUCCCGCCCACUCUUGGAGCAGCCAGCAUUCCGACGACCAGCUGAUUGCCCCGUCUAGCCCUUCUCAAUCACCCCCCGCCAAGAAUGGCGCCCCGCCUCCGGUCCCGCGCCAUACGUCGCCGGUUUUCGAACGACAAAGGCCCGGGACUUCACCAGAAGUAGGGCCAAGGCGGCCCAUGCUUGCGACCCAGAGACGCAGCUCGGAGGACGAUGGCGAGGACGAAGAAGCCAAGCUCUUGAAAGAUUCGCUGUCCACCGUGUCCAUGUUCAUGACCCGUCCAGGCAACUCGACCUCUCCGUCGGUUACUGGAUACCGCAGGGAGGAACACAACCUGGAAGGAGAAGGUGACAGUCUGUUCGACUCCAGCCCCGCGCAUUCCUCUAAGUACGGUAGCCGCUAUUCCGUCCCGCAAGAGCACAAUAACCCGACUGGGACCCACAAAGUCAUGACCCCCGCCGAGUUUGAGCGGUAUCGGAAGGACAAGGAACGCCAAGAUAGGGAGCGGGAGAUAAUGGGUGCACCCGGUAGCAAGGCCGGCGAAGACGAUGAGGAAGACAAUUAUGAAGACGAAGAGGAUGAUGCGGAAAAGGCGAAACAGCAGGCAAAGCAACGACGCAAGCAGGAGGCUCACAUGUCCGUGUAUCGACAACAGAUGAUGAAGGUGACAGGAGAGGCCGCCGGCAGCCUACCGUCCUCCCGACACAGUUUGCAGAUGUCCUUCAGCACUCCGAAUCUGCCAAACGCGGGUCCCGCGGCUAUCGCAACCGAGAAUUCCGACGAAGACGAGGAAAUCCCCUUGGCAAUCCUUGCCGCACAUGGCUUCCCGGCCAAGAACCGCCCGCCCAAUCGCUUGAGCACCAUGGGGUCGAAUCCUAACUUGCGGGCUUCGCAGCAACCGAGCUACCAACGGCCAAUGUCGGUAGUUGGGGAUGUGCAAGGGCCAGGAAACCCGCGUCUCCCCGCAUUUGCUAGGAACCUCCCCAAAGACCCCUUCGUCGGCGCUGGCCUCGUCCGUAACUCGGUUCGAGAGAGCAUGGCCCUCGGGGGUGGCGCUCCCGCCCCAGGGCAGCCGAGCCCGCCAGUCCAUCCUGGUGGCCUCAUCGGUGUGAUUGCGAAUGAGGAGCGAAACCGCGCGAUGAGGAGGGGCAGCCCGCACAUGGAUGGCCCUAGCUCUAUGCCUGGAGCAGGCGGUUUUGACCCCGUCGCCGGCAUCCCUUCCCACAUGAUGUAUCAGCCUAGCCCGCCGGCGCUCACGCCAGGCGACCAAGCACAGAUUCACAUGACUCAACAAAUGCAGCAGUUCAUGCAGAUGCAGAUGCAAUUCAUGCAGAUGGUGGCUGGCCAGAAUGGCAAUCCUCCGGCCAUGGCUGGCGGGCCGUUGACAUCGCCCUCGAUGGGGAACCUCAGCGCCAUGGGUGGUCCUACCACUGGUUUCAUGGCCCCCGAUAUGCGACACUCGUUCAUGGGUAACGACCCGAUGCUUGAUUCGCCCUUCGGCCGGGGCGAGGCGCAAAUGCGCACCAUGAGCAUGGUCCAGCCGAGUUCUGCGUCAUGGAUCCAGCCGACGCAGCCUGCCGGGUUUGCGCCUUCGAUUCGUUUCCAAGGUGGCGGUUAUGCCCCGUCCAUCGCCCCCUCGGAGCGCAGCAACAUCGGCCUUCCGGGUCGGUACCGCCCAGUCUCGCAGGUGCCGGCGGCGGCCACAGUGAGCCAUUUGCGGAAGUCCUCAACCAUGUCUGGUGCAAUCACGCAGCCCAGCAUCUCGGUGACGCGGUCUGGCAGCGCGUCAGAUGACGAUGACGAAGAAGGGUGGGAGGCUAUGAAGGCGAAGCGUGAGAAGAAGAAGUCGCUGUGGAGGGCCAAGAAGUCUGUCGGUGACGAUAUUGGCGCAUUCAUUAACUGAACGAGGUCGGGAUUAGUGAGACGAGUCUUUUAAAUGCUUGGCGAUGGGUAUUAAUUGUCAGGGAUGAAACUUUUUUGGCCUUUGUAUAACGGCACACGUUGAAUACGCCGAGGUAUGGCGCUUGCAUUGUAUACUCUCUCGUUUUACUUACCAGGCAGUGAAAUGGACGGGUUCGAAGGGCGGUAGACG